CUGCAAUUUUAACUGAAUUUCUCACAAAAUUCAUGUUAGAAACUCUCCGAAUUUCCUCCCGCUGCGAUCAUUCGAGCACCGAGAGAGAUCCGGGAUUUUUGCUGUUUUCCGACGAUGUUUUUGCCAAUUUCGUGUCCUAAUUCAUUCUCACAUCCCGUCGAUGGUGGUGCUAAUGGAUCAUACUCUGUUUGUACGGUUGUCGAUUCUUAGAAUUGGGUCCCACUUUCCGAUCUAAUGGGCUGUGCACCGUAGAUUGUUAGGGUCUGACUGUGGAAUGGUACUUGUGGUCGAACCAGAUGUCAUUUGCGAAUUUUUGCGUGGUGCGGGUGAGCAAGAUCCAGGUUGUUUGUUGUGUGGGCCCCCACUGUUAAUGUGGACCCACCCAAGGAACGGGCCAGCACACUCACUCGGUGGGCCCCCUUGCGUUUAGGAGGAAAUGGAGCGUUGGUAAUGCAUGGCCAACAGUCCACUUGCGAUGCACGUGUGUGGCCUACCAAAUGAGCUGAUGAGCCUGACUUUUGGAUGGGGGUGCAUGACUAGCGGGGCCGAACAGAUGAAUGGUCUUGAUCUCACACACAUGUGAAGGGCCGUCUGGGUUUGAUGACUGCAGAUGCAUUCCUGCAAGUGGUGAGAACGAAAGCUGCCAUAGUCAGUAGUGAUUAGCAAAAAUGUCAAGGUCUUCCUCCCACGAACCACGUGAGCCCGUUUCCUUGUCGACUUCUCAGCCUAGGGAAUCAAAUGAUGCAGCAGGGAUGGAUGAUCCUGAUUCCACCAUGGCUACCAUUGCUCAUUUUAUUGAGCAGCUACAUGCCAACAUAUCGUCACCAAAUGAAAGGGAGCCGGUCACAGCCCACUUGCUUGGUCUUGCCAGAUCAAGAAAAGAUGCUAGAAUUCUAAUCGGUUCCCACUCUCAAGCAAUGCCACUGUUUGUCUCCAUCCUUAGGAGUGGAACACCCAUGGCAAAAGUUAAUGUCGCCACUACUCUGAGUGCCCUUUGCAGGGAAGAAGACUUACGAGUAAAGGUUCUUCUAGGAGGAUGUAUACCUCCAUUACUUUCUCUUCUGAAGUCUGAAGCAUCAGAUGCCAGGAAGGCUGCUGCAGAAGCUAUCUUCGAAGUUUCCUCAGGAGGGCUGUCUGACGAUCACGUGGGGAUGAAAAUAUUCGUCACCGAAGGUGUGGUGCCUACCCUGUGGGAUCAGCUCAAUCCGAAAAUAAAGCAGGACAAAGUGGUGGAGGGAUUCGUGACUGGGGCUUUGAGGAAUCUUUGCAGUGACAAGGAUGGCUAUUGGAGGGCCACACUCGAGGCUGGAGGAGUUGACAUUAUCGUAGGGCUUCUCUCUUCCGACAAUGCGGCUGCUCAGUCCAAUGCGGCAUCUCUUCUGGCACGUUUGAUGUUGGCUUUUGGUGAUAGCAUUCCCAAAGUGAUAGAUUCUGGAGCUGUUGAAGCUCUACUUCGUCUUCUAAGCAAGGAAAAUGAUAUUUCUGUCCGUGCCAGUGCUGCUGAUGCUUUGGAAUCUAUCUCAUUGCAGUCUGCUAAGGCAAAGAAGGUUGUGGUAGAUGCAGAUGGUAUACCCGUUCUCAUUGGGGCAGUUGUGGCUCCUUCGAAAGAGUGUAUGCAAGAGUCAGGUCAGGCUCUACAGGCACAUGCAGUGCAAGCUUUAGCGAAUAUCUGCAGUGGGAUGUCAGCUCUAAUACUGUAUCUUGGAGAACUGUCCCAGUCUCGUCGUUCUCCUGCUCCGGUUGCUGAUAUAAUUGGUGCUCUUGCAUACUCACUAAUGGUUUUUGAGCAGGCCCCAGGGACAGAAGAACCAUUCAAUGUGAAGCAAAUAGAAGACAUUCUGGUUAUGUUAUUAAAGCCUCGAAAUGCUAAACUGGUCCAGGAGCGGGUCCUUGAGGCUCUUGCUAGUCUUUAUGGCAACACCCAUCUCUCAAGAUGGCUUGAUCAUUCAGAAGCAAAAAGGGUGCUCAUUGGAUUGAUAACCAUGGCCUCUGCUGAUAUGCAGGAACAUCUAAUCCAUUCAGUAACAAGCUUAUGCUCUGAUGAUUUGGGUAUAUGGGAGGCGCUUGGAAAGAGGGAGGGCAUUCAGUUGCUGAUAGCAAUGCUUGGAUUGUCAGGUGAGCAACAUCAAGAGUACACCGUUGCUUUGCUAGCAAUCCUGACAGACCAAGUUGAUGACAGCAAGUGGGCCAUGACAGCCGCAGGUGGCAUCCCUCCACUGGUGCAGUUACUUGAAACAGGGUCUAAGAACGCAAGGGAGGAUGCGGCUCAUGUGUUGUGGAAUCUAUGCCGUCACAGUGAAGACAUCCGUGCUUGUGUCGAAAGUGCUGGUGCUGUCCCAGCACUCCUCUGGCUUCUCAAAAGUGGUGGUCCCAAAGGGCAAGAAGCGUCAUCAAUGGCACUCACUAAGAUUAUUCGCUGUGCUGACUCUGCUACUGUCAAUCAGCUGUUAGCAUUGCUCCUUGGGGACUCCCCUGCUUCAAAGGCCCAUGUUAUUACUGUUUUGGGCCAUGUACUUGCCAUGGCACCACACAAGGACCUGGUGCAGAAGGGAGCUCCUGCUAAUAGAGGUCUCAAGUCUCUUGUCCAGAUUCUUAAUUCCUCGAACGAAGAAACCCAGGAAUAUGCAGCUUCUGUCCUAGCUGAUUUGUUUUGUUCUAGACAAGAUAUUUGUGACAGCCUUGCGACAGAUGAGAUUAUUCUUCCAUGCAUGAAGCUCUUGACGAGCAAAACUCAGGUCAUUGCAACACAGUCGGCUCGGGCAUUGGGUGCACUGUCCCGUCCAACCAAAGCUAAGGCUGCAAAUAAGAUGCCUUAUAUUACUGAAGGCGAUGUCAAGCCUCUAAUCAAGCUGGCCAAAACUUCUUCCAUAGAUGCUGCUGAAACUGCUGUUGCAACAUUGGCCAAUCUUCUCUCGGAUCCGCAGAUAGCUGGAGAAGCCCUUGGAGAAGACAUUGUGUCAGCUUUGACAAGGGUGCUGGGAGAAGGUACGUUGGAAGGCAGGGAGAAUGCAUCACGUGCACUUCACCAAUUAUUGAACCAUUUUCCAGUUUGCGACGUACUUACAGAAAAUGGCCAGUGUCACUACACAGUUCUUGCACUUGUUGAUUCCUUAGCUGCAAUGAACAUGGAUGGGGCCGAUUCUUCUGAUGCUCUAGAAGCUCUUGCUUUGUUGGCAAGAACAAAGCCAAGCAUGAACUCCAUUUACCCUCCAUGUUCUGCCCUAUGUGAAGUUCCCUCGAGCUUAGAGCCUUUGGUACGGUGCCUGGCUGAUGGGCUUCCACCAGCUCAAGACAAAGCUAUCGAAAUUCUUUCUAGGUUAUGUGGUAAUCAGCCUGUUUUUCUAAGUGACCUGUUAGUUGGAAAAUCAAGAUGCAUUGUCUCCCUAGUUGACAGAAUUAUGAAUUCGUCGAGUUUAGAAGUCAGGAUUGGUGGGGCCACACUUCUUAUCUGUGCUGCAAAGGAACACAAACAGCAGUCAAUGGACGCACUCGAUGAGUCAGGUUUCUUAAAGUCACUCAUCUAUUCUCUUGUUGAUAUGGUGAAGCACCAUUCUAGAUCUCUAGAAAUCGAAGUUGCCCCCCCAAGAGGUUACAUGGAAAGAAAUGCAUACCUUCAUGAUGGGGAUGACUUUGAGGCACCUGAUCCAGCAACUGUUUUGGGAGGAACAGUUGCCUUGUGGUUGCUCUUAAUAAUUUCUUCAUUUCAUGAGGAUAGCAGAUUGACAGUCAUGGAAGCUGGUGGCGUUGAAGUUCUAUCUGACAAGCUGGCAGGCUAUUCUGUCAACCCACAGGCAGCAUUCGAAGACACAGAGGGCAUAUGGGUCAGUGCCCUGCUCUCAUCUAUUUUGUUCCAGGAUGCAACUGUCAUUCUAUCCCCUGCUACCAUGCGGAUAAUACCUUCACUCGCUCUCUUGCUCCGCUCGGAAGAUAUUAUUGACAAGUACUUUGCUGCCCAGGCAAUGUGUAGUCUUGUUCGUAGUGGAAACAAGGGCAUACUUCUUGCAAUUGCAAACUCAGGUGCUGUUGGGGGCCUGAUAACUCUAAUUGGUUAUGUAGAAUCUGAUAUUCCAGACCUCAUAGCUUUGUCUGACGAAUUUUCUUUGGUGCGCAACCCUGGUCAACUUGUUCUGGAGCACCUUUUCGAAGUUGAAGAUGUAAGAGUUGGCUCGACUGCACGCAAGUCUAUCCCUCUGUUGGUGGACCUCCUGAGGCCAAUGCCAGAUAGACCAGGUGCCCCACCAAUUGCAGUCAGCCUUCUGACUCGGAUUGCUGAAGGAAACGAAGCAAACAAGCUGGUUAUGGCUGAAGCCGGGGCUCUGGAUUCUUUAACUAAGUAUCUAUCUCUGGGUCCACAAGAUUCGAUUGAAACCGCUAUCUCUGACUUAUUGAGAAUCUUAUUUAGCAAUUCCGAUCUUCUGCGCCAUGAAGCAUCACUUAGUUCGUUGAAUCAACUAAUAGCUGUCCUACGUUUGGGGUCAAGAAGUGCUAGGUUCAGUGCAGCUAGGGCUCUGACAGAGCUUUUCGAUGCUGAGAACAUCAGAGAUACUGAAAUUGCCCGGCAAGCCAUUCAGCCAUUGGUCGACAUGCUCAAUGCUGGAUUGGAGAGAGAACAACAGGCCGCCCUCGUUGCCCUGAUCAAGCUGACUUCUGGGAGCACUUCGAAAGCAUCAGUAAUGACGGACUUGGAGGGUAACCCGCUUGAGAGCUUGCAUAAGAUUCUUUCAUCAACGUCAUCAUUGGAACUGAAGAGAAAUGCGGCACAGCUCUGUUAUGUUUUGUUUGGGAACUCAAAGGUUCGGUCAAUGCCGAUUGCCUCCAAAUGCAUACAGCCUCUUAUAUCACUAAUGGAGUCAGAUACAACUGCAGUAGUGGAAUCUGGUGUGCGUGCUUUUGAUCGGUUGUUAGAUGAUGAACAACAUGCAGAGCUUGCAGCUACAUGUGAUGUUCUUGAUCUUCUCGUUGGAUUGGUUUCUGGGUCGAACUACCAACUCGCAGAGGCUAGCAUUAGUGCCCUCAUAAAGCUGGGGAAAGACCGUCCGCAUUGCAAGCUCGAUAUGGUCGAAGCUGGAAUUGUUGAUAAUGCCCUGGAGAUGCUACCUAUUGCACCAGGUUCUCUGUGCUCAUUGAUUGCUGAGUUGCUUCGUAUCUUAACAAAUAAUAAAGGCAUUGCAAGAAGCUCAGCCGCAGCAGGAAUGGUUGAACCUCUUUUCUUGGUUUUACUACGCCCAGAUUUUAGUAUGUGGGGACAGCAGAGCGCCUUGCAAGCACUCGUGAAUAUUUUAGAAGAACCGCAAAGCCUUGCGACCUUGAGACUUACACCUAGCCAAGUCAUUGAACCAUUGAUAUCAUUUCUCGAGUCGCCGUCCCAAGCCAUACAGCAGCUCGGCACCGAAUUACUGUCACAUCUUUUAGCACAGGAGCAUUUCCAACAGGAUAUUACUACAAAAAAUGCAGUCGUGCCCCUUGUGAAGCUUGCAGGCAUUGGGAUAUUGGGUUUGCAGCAAACAGCGGUAAAAGCACUUGAGAGUAUUUCUAUGAGCUGGCCCAAGGCAGUUGCUGAUGCAGGCGGCAUUUUUGAGAUUUCUAAGGUGAUUGUUCAAGAUGAACCCCUGCCACCUCAUGCUUUAUGGGAGUCAGCCGCACUAGUUCUCUCGAAUGUUCUACGUUUUAAUUGUGAAUACUAUUUCAAAGUUCCUUUGGUGGUCCUCGUGAGAAUGCUGCACUCCACAUUGGAGAGCACCAUUAAAGUAGCCCUGAGUGCACUGAUUGUUCAAGAGAGCAGUGACACUUCGAGCGCAGAACUGAUGGCUGAGGCUGGUGCUAUUGAUGCUCUACUGGAGCUUCUAAGAUCUCAUCAGUGUGAAGAAGCUUCUGGAAGACUUCUUGAAGCUUUGUUCAACAACAUGAGAGUGCGAGAAAUGAAAGUAUCCAAGUAUGCGAUAGCUCCGCUAUCUCAGUAUCUGUUGGACCCGCAAACCAGAUCUCAGCCUGGCAGGCUUCUUGCUGCCCUUGCACUUGGUGACCUUUUCCAGCAAGAAGGACUUGCUAGAGCAAGUGAUGCAGUAUCUGCAUGCCGAGCACUAGUGAGCUUACUUGAAGACCAGCCAACAGAAGACAUGAAAAUCGUGGCAAUUUGUGCAUUGCAGAACUUGGUUAUGCACAGUCGGACAAAUAGGCGUGCUGUUGCGGAAGCUGGGGGCAUAUUGGUAAUACAGGAACUACUACUGUCUCCGAAUUCUGAAGUUGCUGGACAAGCAGCAUUACUCAUCAAAUUUCUAUUUUCUAACCACACGCUUCAAGAAUACGUAUCAAAUGAGCUCAUCAGGUCCCUUACCGCUGCCUUGGAGAAAGAACUGUGGUCCACGGCAACUAUCAACGAAGAAGUCCUGAGAACUAUCAAUGUGAUAUUCACAAACUUCUCCAAACUCCACAUCUCUGAAGCGGCUACCCUGUGCAUCCCGCACCUGAUCAGUGCACUCAAGACCGGAAGCGAGGCUGCGCAGGAGUCUGUAUUGGACACUCUGUGCUUGUUAAAACAGUCAUGGUCGACAAUGCCUAUAGACAUUGCAAAGGCACAAGCAAUGAUCGCAGCCGAAGCCAUUCCCAUUUUACAGUUGUUGAUGAGAACCUGCCCGCCCAGUUUCCAUGAGAGGGCAGACAGCUUGUUGCAUUGCUUGCCCGGAUGUUUGACGGUCACGAUUAAACGUGGGAAUAACUUGAAGCAGACUAUGGGCAGUACUAAUGCCUUCUGUCGAUUGACGAUUGGAAAUGGUCCUCCAAGGCAGACCAAGGUAGUGAGUCGCAGUACCUGCCCAGAGUGGAAGGAGGGCUUUACAUGGGCAUUUGAUGUACCUCCAAAGGGACAAAAGCUCCAUAUCCUAUGCAAGAGCAAAAAUACAUUUGGGAAGACAACCCUUGGGAGGGUGACUAUCCAAAUAGACAAAGUCGUGACGGAAGGGGUGUACAGCGGGUUCUUCAGCCUCAACCACGACGGCAAUAAGGACGGAUCGUCCCGGACACUUGAAAUCGAGAUUGUGUGGUCCAAUCGAAUGUCUAGUGAAUGCAUGUGAUUGGGCUAUCGUGGGUGCGAUUAUUGCAUACAGGCAGCUCGGAAAGCCGAGCGGCAAGGGGUUAAUAGAAGUGAAGGUCCCUUGUGAAGUAGGUUUGUUGGUUUGUUUAUUUUAUUGGUGGUAUUGUGAGCUCCAGUUUUGUAGGCUAUGGAAGAUGGGGAAAAAAAAUGUAAAUGUUUACGGUCCAGUUUGGCAAGACAUUCCAAAAUUGGGUGUGUGGGAGAAGGCGCCACUUCAUGGGCACAAAUCUGACAUGGAGGGCAUGGGGCCUGCUGAAAAACCCUAGUUGGGGGAUUCCAUAAAACCGGCGGACUGGAUUGAUGGGUUGGGUUAGGGUGGGGGAGGGGCUGUUUUGUACAGGUGAGUUUGUAGCUAUUGCCAUUCUCAAGAUCCUAAAGAGGGUCUUUUGAGAGAUUGGUGGAAAUAGCUUUUUUAGUGUUGUCAUCUGUAUUCUAUAAGUGGCUGGUUAUGUGGUUGUUUGCUGUUUGA